CGAUCCUCUCCACAUCUCCGGAGGACUAUCUAUACCAUCACAUACAUCUUCCUCUAUACUCCUCUUCCAUCCCAUCCAUGCCCUCCGUUCAUGCCCUAUUUCACCCUUGACCACACCCCGUCCAACAAUCCCACCGGCUUAACACGGCACUUGGACACCACCGUCGAAGAAUAUGUCUUCCCCAUCCUCAUCGCCCUGGCCUGGUGCAAUGCCAUCGAGCUGGUCAUCCUCUGCCUCAACACCUUCAAACGCUACACCGGCUCCUAUUUCUGGAGUCUCAUGAUCGCCGCCAUCUCCAUCCUCCCUUUCGGCCUCGGCUACCUCCUCAAAAUGUUCGCCAUCACCUUCACCCACUACUUCCUCGAGAUCGUCAUCGUCGACAUCGGCUGGGCCGGCAUGGUCACCGGCCAAUCCCUCGUCCUCUGGUCCCGAUUACACCUCGUCCUGCGCCAUAAACGUCUCCUCCGCGCCCUCCUCUACCUCAUCAUCAUCGACGGCCUCCUCCUCCACACCUCCAGCACCGCCCUCGAACUCGCCGUCAAUGCCCUCCCGGACUCUCCCGCCGUGAACCUCGGCUUCGGCAUCAUCGAACGCAUCCAACUCGUCUGGUUCUGCGUCCAGGAACUUCUCCUCUCGGGGAUCUAUAUCCGGGAGACGGUUAAAAUGCUUCGGAUGGACUCUGGGGGGUUGUCCCGGAGUGUGUUGGUGCAGUUGCUGCUCGUGAAUAUCCUCAUCAUCAUCCUGGAUUUGUCCGUCGUGGCCAUUCAGUAUGCCGGGUACUUUACCUUUCAGGUUACCUUCAAGGCGUUGGUGUAUAGCAUCAAGCUGAAACUCGAGUAUGUCAUUCUGGGCCGUUUGGUCGAUGUUGCGUAUAUUAGGACGCAGGCGGAGACGCCCAGGUUUCGAUUUUGAUACCCAUAUCCAUACCCAUACCCAUAUUCGCUUUAUUGUCACGUUGUGUUUUAAUAAAUAGAUCGAUAGAUUAGAUUUGUCGUUAGAUGUAUAUAUAUCCCAGUUCAGGUCAUUUACU